UGCUCUAAUUGUUGGAGAGAAGGAGAUCAGAGAAGCAAUUCCGCCAUUAAAUGCUUCUCAGAAAGAAAGCGUGACUUUUAUCCUUCUUCACGGAUUCCUUCUUAGAAAACUAAGAGGAUCCACAGCUUCAACAUCUCUGUAUCAAGAACCAAAGCCAGAAUAUCUUUUACUUCUGUAAACACAGAAAAAAAAAGGUAAGAGAAAGAGGAAUGGAGCUUAGUAAGAUAACUUUGGAGAUCUUCUCGAGACUGGAGCAGAAAUGGCUAUCGCAUUGUGAAGAUAAGAAAACCAGAAUUCUCAGCAUUGAUGGUGGUGGAACCAAAGGCAUCAUAGCAGGAGCGGCCUUAAUCCAUCUCGAAGAUCAGAUCCAAGCCAAAACAGGAGAUUCUCAAUCUCGAAUCAUCGAUUUCUUCGACAUUCUUGCUGGCACUGGAAUCGGUGCCAUUUUCUCUGCAAUGCUGACCGCCGAUGACGGUAAUGGCCGACCUCUCUUCACCGCCAGAGACGCCGUCAAAUUCGUACAAGAAAAACACUCGGAGAUGUUCAAGAUCAAGCAUGAAGGGAUUCUCCGUCGACGGCGAAGGUUUUCUAGUAAGAAAUUCGAUAAAGUCUUGAAAGAAGCGUUAAGCAGAGAGAACGGUAAGGUUUUGACGUUGAAGGAUACGUGCAAGCCUCUCCUUGUUCCUUGCUACGAUCUCAACAGCUCUGCACCGUUCGUCUUCUCCCGUGCCGACGCAGCAGAGUCUCCAAGCUUCGAUUUCGAACUUUGGAAAGCCUGCCGUGCCACGUCGGCAACUCCGAGCUUAUUCAAACCGUUUCAUCUAACCUCCAUUGACGGCAAAACGUCGUGUUUGGCUAUUGACGGAGGACUCGUCAUGAACAACCCCACGGCGGCUGCCGUUACUCACGCCUUGCAUAACAAACGGGAUUUCCCUUCAGUGAACGGCGUCGAAGACUUGCUCGUUCUAUCACUAGGUAACGGGCCCUUGAGUGGUCCUUCUCCGUCACCGUUAAGACGACAACUGCACCGUAACGGAGAAUGCUCCACUACGUCGGUCGUUGGCAUCGUCCUUGACGGCAUCUCGGAAACCGUCGACCAAAUGCUCGGCAACGCUUUCUGUUGGAAUCGUACGGACUACGUGAGAAUCCAGGCAAACGGUUUCGUCUCACAAGAAGUGGAGCUUACGAUGGAUGGGAUGUUGAAAGAGAGAGGAGUGGAGUCCUUACCGUUUGGGGGGAAGCGGUUGCUGACGGAGACUAACGGACAGCGAAUCAAGAGUUUCGUGCAACGCCUCGUUGCUUCGGGAAAGAGUAGCCUACCGCCAAGCCCUUGCAAAGAAACCGCCGUUAGUUCUCUGGUUAAUGGCCGUUAAUCUCAUAUUUUUUUUCGCUCAACCAUGCUUUUGUUUUUAACCCGAAGUCUACUUAAAGUUUAAACUGUCUUUGUCCCUGACUUAAAUCAAUCUUUCUCUCUUUCUCUCUUUCUCUCUUUCUCUCUUUCUCUCUUUCUCUCAA